AUGGCGAAAAAGGCGGCCUACGAAGCGGCGGUGCAAACGGGCAUUGUGGUGCCGACCAAAGACCCUCCCGGAGACGCGCUGGCAAGGGCGACUCUCAAGCGACCGGACGGGUCGGCGCUGCUGCUCAUGCACGAAGCCAUCGGAAACCUAGUUCAGGCCAACGGUGCCCUUUGUCAGAUGAUCUCCUGGGAGAAGGCCAAGGUCAAGGCGCUCCGGGAGCAGGUCCGCAGCCUCGGGGGUAACCCGGACGUGCGCGCGCGGGCGCCGUCGGCGGCGGCGGGGCAGAAGGCGGGGCGCCGUGAUGGGGGUGGCGAAAGCGAAGGCCAAGGAGCGGGCAAGAAGGCUAUGGGGGCUGUGGCUGUGCCCGCGGCAGGCGGUGUUGUCUCCAAGGCCGGCGGCAGCAGCCCGUCUGCCGCUGGUGGUGGUGGUAGUGCGGCGCAGUCUCUCGGGGGGGGUAGCGGAAGCGGCGGUGGUAACGGCAGCCGUUUGGCGGUGGCGAAGACAAAGGGGGCUCGAGUGAAGGCGGGGGGAUCGGCGGCGGCGGCGGCGGCGGUGGAGCCGAAGGCAGCGGCGCCAAGGGGCAAAGGCAAAAAGAAAGUGAACGCCGCCGCCGCCGCCGCCGCCGCCACCACUGCUGCUGCCGCCGAGGCCGAACAGGAGGAGGAAGAGGAAGGCUCCAGCACGGACACGGGGGAGGGGGGGGAAGGGAGUUCCAGUGACGAGGAAGGGGGGGAAGCAGAAGGCUCUACGCAGAUCGACGAGGGGCAAGAGGAAGAAUCUGACGACGACGACGACGACGACGACGACGAAGAUGAUGAUGCCAAGACCACCUCUUCUUCCGCGGCCUCCGCCGCCGCCGCGGCCGCUCGCGCUCCGUCGCCCGCGGAAGCGGAAGACGACGAGGACGACAGCAGCAGCAGCAGCAACGGCAGCAGCGACGAAGAUGAUGCCGAUGAGGCUCUAAGGGAGUUGGCACGGCGGCCGGCCGUCGCCGCCUCCGCUUCCGUUGGAGCGGAGGGGGAAAGCUCUAGCGACGACAGCUCUGACACGGAUAGCGAGUGAUCGCCGCUAUCUACCAGCUUCUUGCCAAUGUGACGUGGCGUUGGACGUCUAGGUUGUUGCGCCUCGUGACUGGUAUUGAAAACGGGUGGUAAUUCGAAGUUUGGAGCCGAGCCGACCAGCAGCCGUCGCCUGUGAUUGUUUUUGCCUCUAGAGGCGCGCCGUGUAAUAACGGAAGGGGGGGCUCCUAUUGGGCUUUCGCUUCGCUUCGGUUGAUGUUUCCUGAGGACACCGUUAUGUUGCCAUGCCUGCUAUCGGAUUUCUCAGCCUUAACCCCGAGUCUCUAGUUGGUUUGUGCAUACGUUAUCCGGUAUGAUGUUUACGUGUGAGUGGUGAAGUCGUCUCCCAGUUUGUUGUAUACGGAUGGGGUUGCGUCUGUUGCUAAGUUUGAGCACUGUUAGGGUGAGGGCAUGUCCGCCCCACUCCUUUUUUUUUUGUUCCGACAACACAUCAGUAAGAGAAAUGCAGCAAAGCACGUUCUUAUCGAAUAUCACAUUGGUGGCAUCUGGUGUGGUUGUGACUUGUGAUACUGGUACAGCCCGGAACACGUGACCUUUGAGACCAAGUAAGGCCUCCUGACGCAGCUUAGGGUCGACCCGGUCGUCUUGCUUCUUCAGCGGAGGAUAGGAAGGAUUGCAGCGCACGCACACACCGACCGGUGGGGUCAGCGGUGAUGGGGUGAACGGUCCUGACGCCAGAGGGAAACCGCGGUGAUGGCCAUCUCCCUGCCUUCGCCUCUGUGUGAUACUUUAUUGCUAAUAAGCCGCAGGCCCCACCCGACGGGGCAAGAUCAGAUUGCAUUACGGGAGUGAAUGCGGAAUACCUGGAGGGCAGUAGUCAUGGAGGUCUCACCAUGAUACACUCCCAAGCCGGUCACCCGCCGCAACGAUGAAGGUUUGAGACGUGAUGGGUGUGGGUUUUCGGGGGCGGUCAGUUCACGUCAUCGUCAAUAUCAAUCACACUCAACGGGGGCAACAUGUCUUUUGUAAUGGUGUAUAUUCAAACGUCGGUCAACCAGGGACGGCCACGGGGGGCCAAGUUGGCAUCCUAACUCAAUGGUACUGAAUGGUUU